GCCGCCUCCGCGCGCGGGGGCCUGGCCACUCGGAGCAGCUCCGCCGCGGGGACUGCACCGCCCGCCUGCCGGACCCGCCCCACCCGGGCUCGCCGCGCCAGCAGCCGCCGCACCGCGAUCUCAGGCCCCCGCGGGUGAUGGCCAUGCCCUGGGGCUGAGCGCACAGACUGCGUGACGGAGAUUCCCGAGGACGAGAGAGACUGAAGGGAGGAAAGGAAGGAGGGGCGGGCUCCUGGCAAGGCAUUCGCUCCUGAACGAGUCCUGCAAAAGAUGGAGAUGGAGAAGGAGGAGGAGGAGACCCGGGAGCUGCUGCUGCCCAACUGGCAGGGCAGUGGCUCCCACGGGCUGACCAUCGCUCAGCGGGACGAUGGCGUGUUUGUGCAGGAGGUGAUGCAGAACUCCCCUCUGGCCCGCACUGGGGUGGUCAAGGAGGGGGACCAGAUUGUGGGUGCCACCAUCUACUUUGACAAUCUGCAGUCAGGUGAGGUGACCCAGCUGCUGAACACCAUGGGGCACCACACCGUGGGCUUGAAGCUGCACCGCAAGGGGGACCACUCCCCUGAGCCUGGCCAGACCAGGACCCAUGAGGUCUUCAGCUCCUUCAGCUCCGAAGUGGUUCUGAGCGGGGAUGAUGAGGAGUACCAGCGCAUCUACACCACCAAGAUCAAGCCUCGACUGAAGUCGGAGGAUGGAGCGGAAGAGGACCCUGGGGAGACCCAGAGCCGCACCAUCACGGUGGCCAGAAGGGUCACAGCCUACACCGUGGAUGUGACGGGACGGGAAGGUGCCAAGGACAUCGACAUCAGCAGCCCUGAAUUCAAGAUCAAGAUCCCCAGGCAUGAACUGACUGAGAUCUCCCACACGGAUGUGGAGACUCAGCCUGGGAAGACAGUGAUCAGACUGCCCUCGGGCUCGGGGGUGGUGUCUCCAACCACAGGCUCUGCUGUAGACAUCCAAGCAGGGGCCAUUUCUGCUUCGGGACCAGAGUUCCAAGGUGCUGGCCAUUCGAAGCUCCAGGCCACCAUGCCUGGGAUAAAGGUGGGAAGCCCAGGCGUCAAUGUCAGCGCUAAGGGCUUGGACUUGGGUGGCAAAGGAGGGAUCCAAGUUUCUGGAGUGGACAUUUCAUCUUCUCCUGGGGGUGGAGCAGUCAGUGUGCAGGGGCCAUCCCUUGAGAGUGGCGGUAAUGGGAAAAUUAAAAUUCCCACCAUGAAGAUGCCCAAGUUUGGUGUCUCGACAGGGCCCGAGGGCCAAGUGCCAGGGGUAGGGCUGAGUGUUUCUGCACCUGAGUUCUCCAUGGGGCACAAGGGCAGCAAGCCAGGUUUGACCAUUGGCGCAAACAUCCAGGCCCCCCAGCUAGAAGUCAGCGCUCCUUCCACCAGUAUUGAGGGCUUUGUGGGGAAGCUGAAGGGCCCUCAAAUCACUGGGCCAUCACUUGAGGGUGACAUAGGCCUGAAAGGCGCCAAGCCACAAGGGAGCAUAGGGGUGGACAUUUCUGCUCCCAAAGUUGAGGGCAGCAUCACUGGCCCCAGUGUGGAGGUUCAAGCCCCUGAUGUUAAUGUUCAUGGGGCUGGGGGCAAACUGAAUAUGCCCAAGAUGAAAGUCCCCAAAUUCUCACUGUCAGGUUCUAAGGGAGAAGGAGCUGGCAUUGAUGUAACACUGCCCGAAGGUGAAGUGACACUUCCUGGGGUCUCUGGGGAUGUCAGCCUGCCUGAGGUUGCUCUUGGUGGUCUGGAAGGGAAGGUGAAGGGUACCAAAGUCAAGACUCCUGAGAUGAUUAUUCAGAAGCCUAAAAUCUCUAUGCAGGAUGUGGAUCUGAGCCUUAAGUCUCCUGAACUGAAAGGCGAUAUUAAGAUUUCUGCUCCUGGGAUACAGGGUGAUGUUAAAGGCCCUCAAGUGGCAGUUAAAGGCCCCCAAGUCGAUAUAGAGGCACCCAGUCUAGAGGGUGCCAAGCUUAGUGGCCCUUCUGGGAAGACAGGGACAUGCAGGAUCUCUAUGGCAGAUGUAGACUUAAAUGUGGCUGCUCCUAAAGUGAAAGGGGGUGUAGAUGUCACUCUUCCAAAAGUAGAAGGGAAAGUUAAAGUCCCUGGAGUUGAUGUUACAGGCCCUAAAGUGGAUGUCAGUGCCCCAGAUGUGGAGGUUCAUGGCCCAGAGUGGAACCUGAACAUGCCCAAGAUGAAAAUGCCCAAGUUCAGGGCUCCAGGAGUCAAAGGGGAAGGCCCAGAAUUAGACGUGAAUUUACCAAAAGAAAAUGUCAGUAUUGCUGGGCCCAAGGUCAGUGUGGAAGCCCCAAAUGUGAACAUUGAGGGUCUAGGGGGCAGACUUGAAGGCUCUGAUAUUAAGCUGCCUGAAGUGAGUGUCAAGACAUCAAAGAUCUCCGUGCCUGAUUUAGAUUUGCAUGUCAAAGGUACAAAGGUGAAGGGCGAGUAUGAUGUAACAGUGCCAAAGCUUGAAGGGGAACUGAAAGGCCCCAAAGUGGACAUUGAUGCCCCAGAUGUGGACGUUCACGGCCGAGACUGGCAUCUGAAGAUGCCCAAGAUGAAAAUGCCCAAAUUCAGUGUGCCAGGGUUCAAAGCAGAGGGCCCAGAAGUGGAUGUGAACCUGCCCAAGGCCAGUGUGGACAUUUCUGGGCCCAAGGUAGAUGUUGGUGCUCCAAAUGUGAGCACUGAGGGACCAGAAGGGAAACUGAAAGGGCCCAAAUUUAAGAUGCCUGAGAUGAAUAUCAAAGCCUCAAAGAUCUCCAUGCCAGAUGUGGACUUACAUUUAAAAGGUCCUAAAAUAAGGGGAGAGUACGAUGUCACAGUGCCAAAGGUUGAAGGUGAGGUUAAAGUUCCUGAUGUUGAACUUAAGAGUGCCAGAGUGGACAUUGAUGCUCCAGAUGUGAAUGUUCAAGGCCCAGACUGGCACCUGAAGAUGCCCAAAGUGAAAACGCCCAAGUUCAGCAUGCCUGGCUUCAAGGCAGAGGGCCCGGAAGUGGAUGUGAACUUGCCCAAGGCUGACGUUGAUGUUUCAGCAUCCAAGGUGAAUGUUGAAGUUCCAGAUGUGAAUAUUGAAGGCCCUGAAGGGAAGCUGAAGGGUCCCAAGUUUAAAAUGCCUGUGAUGAACAUCAAGGCCCCAGAAAUCUCCAUACCAGAUGUGGAUUUGCAUAUGAAAGGUCCCAAGGUAAAGGGAGAAUAUGAUGUUACAGUGCCAAAGCUAGAAGGGGAGCUGAAAGAGCCAAAUGUAGACAUCAGUGCCCCAGAUGUUGAAAUUCAUGGUCCUGAUUGGAACUUGAAGAUGCCCAAGAUGAAAAUGCCCAAAUUCAGCAUGCCCAGCCUCAAAGGAGAGGGUCCAGAAGUGGAUGUGAACCUGCCCAAGGCUGAUGUGGACAUUUCUGGGCCCAAGCUAGAUAUUAGUGCUCCAGAUGUGAGCUUUGAAGGCCCAGAAGGGAAAUUGAAAGGCCCCAAGUUUAAGAUGCCUGAGAUGCACUUCAAAGCUCCUAAGAUGUCUCUUCCAGGUGUUGACCCGGAUCUUAAAGGACCCAAAAUGAAAGGAAAUCUAGAUGUAUCUGCACCAAAAGUAGAAGGUGAGAUGAAAGUUCCAGAUGUGGAUAUCAAAGGCCCCAAGGUAGACAUUAAAGCACCAGAUGUAGAUGUUCAAGGUCCUGAUUGGAGCCUGAAAAUGCCCAAGAUGAAAAUGCCCAAGUUCAGCAUGCCCAGCUUCAAAGCAGAAGGGCCAGAACUGGACGUGAACCUGCCUAAGGCUGACAUUGAUGUUUCAGUACCCAAAGUGGACAUUGAUGCUCCAGAUGUGAGCCUUGAGGGUCCAGAAGGGAAACUGAAAGGCCCCAAGUUUAAGAUGCCUGAGAUGCACUUCAAGGCCCCUAAGAUCUCCAUGCCUGAUGCGGACUUAAAUUUGAAAGGCCCCAGAGUCAAAGGGGAUGUGGAUGUAUCUGUGCCCAAGAUAGAAGGUGAAAUGAAAGUGCCAGAUGUGGACAUCAAAGGGCCCAAAGUGGAUAUCAAUGCCCCAGAUGUUGAUGUUCAAGGCCCAGACUGGAACUUGAAAAUGCCUAAGAUCAAAAUGCCCAAGUUCAGCAUGCCCGGCUUUAAAGCAGAGGGCCCAGAAGUGGAUGUGAACCUGCCCAAAGCUGAUAUUGACAUCUCUGGACCCAAAGUUGACAUUGAAGCCCCAGAUGUGAGCCUUGAGUGUCCAGAAGGGAAGCUGAAAGGUCCCAAAUUUAAGAUGCCUGAGAUGCACUUCAAGGCCCCCAAGAUCUCCAUGCCUGAUGUGGACUUAAACUUGAAAGGCCCCAGAGUCAAAGGGGAUGUGGAUGUAUCUGUACCCAAGUUAGAAGGUGAAAUGAAAGUGCCUGAUAUGGACAUGAAAGGACCCAAAGUGGAUAUCAGUGCCCCAGAUGUUGAUGUUCAUGGCCCAGACUGGCACCUGAAGAUGCCCAAGAUGAAAAUGCCGAAGUUCAGCAUGCCCGGCUUUAAAGCAGAGGGCCCAGAAGUGGAUGUGAACCUGCCCAAAGCUGAUAUUGACAUCUCUGGACCCAAAGUUGACAUUGAAGCCCCAGAUGUGAGCCUUGAGUGUCCAGAAGGGAAGCUGAAAGGUCCCAAAUUUAAGAUGCCUGAGAUGCACUUCAAGGCCCCCAAGAUCUCCAUGCCUGAUGUGGACUUAAACUUGAAAGGCCCCAGAGUCAAAGGGGAUGUGGAUGUAUCUGUACCCAAGUUAGAAGGUGAAAUGAAAGUGCCUGAUAUGGACAUGAAAGGACCCAAAGUGGAUAUCAGUGCCCCAGAUGUUGAUGUUCAUGGCCCAGACUGGCACCUGAAGAUGCCCAAGAUGAAAAUGCCGAAGUUCAGCAUGCCCGGCUUUAAAGCAGAGGGCCCAGAAGUGGAUGUGAACCUGCCCAAGGCCAACAUUGAUGUCUCAGGACCUCAAGUAGAUGUAAGUGCACCAGAUGUAAAUAUUGAAGGUCCAGAUGCAAAACUAAAAGGUCCCAAAUUUAAGAUGCCAGAAAUGAAUAUAAAACCUCAGAAGAUAUCCACGCCAGAUGUUGGUUUACAUUUGAAAGGUCCUAAAAUGAAAGGAGAUUAUGAUGUUACAGUUCCAAAACUAGAAGGAGAGAUAAAAGCUCCUGAUGUGGGUAUUAAAGGCCCCAAAGUAGAUAUGAAUGCCCCAGAUGUAGAAGUUCAUGGCCCAGACUGGCACCUGAAGAUGCCCAAGGUGAAAAUGCCCAAGUUCAGCAUGCCCAGCUUCAAAGGCGAGGCCCCAGAAGUGGAUGUGAACCUGCCCAAGGCUGACAUUGAUGUGUCAGGACCCAAGGUAGACAUUGAUGUUCCAGAUGUUAAUAUUGAAGGUCCAGAUGCGAAACUGAAGGGCCCCAAGUUCAAGAUGCCGAGCAUGAAUAUACAGACACACAAAAUUUCUAUGCCUGAUGUUGGACUUAAUCUGAAAUCUCCUAAGCUGAAAAGUGAUGUAGAUGUUUCCCUUCCCAAAGUGGAAGGAGACUUGAAAGGUCCUGAAAUUGAUGUGAAAGCCCCUAAGAUGGAUGUGGAUGUUGGUGAUAUUGAUAUUGAAUGUCCAGAAGGAAAGUUGAAAGGCCCCAAGUUUAAGAUGCCAGACAUGCACUUCAAGGCCCCCAAAAUCUCCAUGCCUGAAGUGGACUUAAACUUGAAAGGCCCCAGAGUCAAAGGGGAUGUGGAUGUGUCUGUGCCCAAGAUAGAAGGUCAAAUGAAAGUGCCAGAUGUGGACAUCAAAGGCCCCAAAGUGGAUAUUGAUGCCCCCGAUGUGGAUGUUCAUGGCCCAGACUGGCACCUGAAGAUGCCCAAGGUGAAAAUGCCCAAGUUCAGCAUGCCCGGCUUCAAAGGAGAGGGCCCAGAAGUGGAUGUGAACUUACCUAAGGCUGACAUUAACAUUUCUAGCCCCAAAGUUGACAUUGAUGCUCCCGAUUUGGACAUUGAAGGACCAGAAGGAAAAUUAAAAGGUUCCAAAUUUAAGAUGCCCAAGUUGAAUAUCAAAGCUCCCAAGAUCUCCAUGCCAUAUGUGGACUUGAAUUUGAAGGGACCCAAACUGAAAGGGGGGAUAGAUGCUUCUGUCCCAGAACUGGAAGGUGAUCUUAGAGGUCCUCAAGUUGAUAUCAAAGGCCCCAGUGUGGAUGUGGAGGUGCCUGAUGUUGAUCUGGAAUGUCCUGAUGCAAAGUUGAAAGGUCCCAAAUUUAAGAUGCCAGACAUGCACUUCAAGGCCCCCAAGAUCUCCAUGCCUGAUGUCGACUUACACUUGAAAGGCCCCAAAGUCAAGGGGGAUGUAGAUAUUUCUGUCCCAAAAUUGGAAGGAGAUUUGAAAGGCCCCAAUGUGGAUGUGGAGGUGCCUGAUGUUGAUCUAGAAUGUCCUGAUGCAAAGUUGAAAGGCCCCAAGUUUAAGAUGCCAGACAUGCAUUUCAAGACCCCCAAGAUCUCCAUGUCUGAUGUGGACUUAAACUUGAAAGGCCCCAGAGUCAAAGGGGAUGUGGAUAUAUCUGUACCCAAGUUAGAAGGUGAAAUGAAAGUGCCUGAUGUGGACAUCAAAGGACCCAAAGUGGAUAUCAGUGCCCCAGAUGUGGAUGUUCAUGGCCCAGACUGGCACCUGAAGAUGCCUAAGAUCAAAAUGCCCAAGUUCAGCAUGCCCGGCUUCAAAGGAGAGGGCCCAGAAGUAGAUGUGAACCUGCCCAAGGCUGACAUUGACAUCUCUGGACCCAAGGUUGACAUUCAAUCCCCAGAUGUUGGCCUUGAGUGUCCGGAAGGGAAGCUGAAAGGUCCCAAGUUUAAGAUGUCAGACAUGCACUUCAAGACCCCCAAGAUCUCCAUGCCUGAUGUGGACUUACACUUGAAAGGCCCCCAAGUCAAAGGGGAUGUGGAUAUUUCUGUACCAAAAUUAGAGGGAGAGUUGAAAGGCCCCAGUGUGGAUGUGGAGGUGCCUGAUGUUGAUCUAGAAUGUCCUGAUGCAAAGUUGAAAGGCCCCAAGUUUAAGAUGCCAGACAUGCACUUCAAGGCGCCCAAGAUCUCCAUGCCUGAUGUGGACUUAAAUUUGAAAGGCUCCGAAGUCAAAGGGGAUGUGGAUGUGUCUGUACCCAAGUUAGAAGGUGAAAUGAAAGUGCCUGAUGUGGAUAUCAAAGGCCCCAAAGUGGACAUCGGUGCCCCAGAUGUUGAUGUUCAUGGCCCAGACUGGCACCUGAAGAUGCCCAAGAUGAAAAUGCCCAAGUUCAGCAUGCCCGGCUUCAAAGGAGAGGGUCCAGAAGUGGAUGUGAACCUGCCCAAGGCUGAUAUUGAUGUUUCAGGGCCCAAGGUGGACAUUGAUGUUCCAGAUGCGAAUAUUGAAGGCCCAGAUGCAAAACUAAAGGGCCCCAAGUUGAAGAUGCCAGAGAUGAACAUCAAGGCUCCUAAGAUAUCAAUGCCAGAUUUGGACCUUAAUCUUAAAGGCCCUAAAAUGAAAGGAGAGGUGGAUGUUUCACUUCCAAAUGUAGAAGGUGAUUUGAAAGGACCUACUCUUGACAUAAAGGGCCCAAAAGUGGAUGUAGAUGCUCCAGAUAUUGACAUUCAUGGCCCAGAAGGCAAAUUAAAAGGUCCAAAACUGAAGAUGCCAGACAUGCAUGUAAACAUACCCAAGAUCUCCAUGCCAGAAAUUGACCUGAAUUUGAAAGGCUCUAAGCUGAAGGGAGAUGUUGACGUCUCUGGGCCCAAAUUAGAAGGUGACAUUAAAGCUCCCAAAUUGGAUGUAAAAGUUCCAGAAGUGGACAUUUCUGGUCCUAAGCUCAACAUUGAAGGGAAGUCAAAGAAGUCUCGUUUUAAGCUUCCCAGAUUUAAUUUUUCAGGCUCCAAAGUUCAGACACCUGAAGUGGAUGUCAAAGUUAAAAAGCCAGAUAUUGAUGUAUCUGGUCCAAAAGUUGAUAUUAAUGCUCCUGAUGUUGAGGUACAAGGAAAAGUGAAAGGAUCCAAGUUCAGAAUGCCUUUCCUGAGUAUUUCAUCUCCCAAAGUUUCUAUGCCUGAUGUGGAGUUAAAUCUGAAAGGUCCUAAAGUCAAAGGCGACUUAGAUGUUGCAGGUCCUAAUUUAGAAGGUGACUUUAAAGGCCCCAAAGUGGAUAUUAAGGGACCAGAAGUCCAUCUUGAUGCACCAGAUGUGGAUGUUCAUGGUCCAGACUGGAAUCUGAAAAUGCCCAAGAUGAAACUGCCCAAGUUCAGUGUGCCUAGCUUAAAAGCAGAAGGGCCAGAUAUGGCAGUGGAUCUGCCAAAAGGAGAUAUCAACAUAGAGAGUCCCAGUAUGAACAUUGAGGGCCCAGAAAUCAAUGUGGAAGGUCCAGAGGGAAGCUUAAAAGGUCCCAAGUUCAAGAUGCCUGACUUGAAUAUCAAAGCUCCCAAGAUCUCCGUGCCUGACAUUGACUUAAACCUGAAGGGACCCAAGGUGAAAGGUGAUGUGGAUGUUUCUCUGCCCAAAGUUGAAGGGGAUUUGAGAGGGCCUGAGGUUGAUAUCAAAGGCCCCAAAAUGGACAUUCAUGUCCCAGAUGUGGAUGUUCAUGGUCCAGACUGGCACCUGAAGAUGCCCAAAGUGAAAAUGCCCAAGUUCAGCAUGCCUGGCUUUAAAGGAGAGGGCCCAGAAGUGGAUGCGACCCUCCCUAAAGCUGACAUUGACAUUUCUGGCCCUAAAGUAGACAUUGAUGUUCCAGAUGUGAAUAUUGAAGGUCCAGAUGCAAAACUGAAGGGCCCCAAGUUCAAGAUGCCUGAGAUGAACAUAAAAGCUCCCAAGAUCUCCAUGCCUGACAUUGAUCUAAGCCUGAAGGGACCAAAAUUGAAGGGUGAUGUGGAUGAGUCUUUGCCAAAAGUGGAAGGUGACCUAAAAGGCCCUGAAAUAGAUAUCAAGGGCCCCAAAUUGGACAUUGACACUACUGAUAUUAACAUUGAAGGCCCAGAAGGAAAAUUAAAGGGGCCCAAAUUUAAGAUGCCAGAGAUGCACCUGAAGAGCCCCAAAAUGUCAAUGCCAGAUAUUGAUUUAAACCUGAAGGGUCCCAUGGUGAAGGGUGAUGUGGAUGUUUCACUUCCCAAGGUUGAAGGGGAUCUGAAAGGCCCUGAAGUAGACCUGAAAGGCCCCAAAGUGGACAUUGAUGUUCCAGAUGUGGAUGUUCAUGGCCCAGACUGGCACCUGAAGAUGCCCAAGGUGAAAAUGCCCAAGUUCAGCAUGCCCGGCUUCAAAGGAGAGGGCCCAGAUGUAGAUGUGAAUUUGCCCAAGGCUGACAUUGACAUCUCGGGACCCAAGGUGGACAUUGAAGGACCUAAUGUUAACAUUGAAGGACCAGAGGGGAAGUUGAAAGGACCUAAGUUCAAGAUGCCUGAGAUGAACAUCAAAGCCCCCAAGAUCUCCAUGCCUGAUAUCGAUUUGCACCUGAAAGGUCCCAAGGUGAAAGGAGAUGUGGAUGUUUCCUUACCUAAGGUGGAAGGUGACUUAAAGGGCCCGGAAGUUGACAUCAAAGGCCCCAAAGUGGACAUUGAUGCCCCAGAUGUGGAUGUUCAUGUGGAUGCUCAUGGCCCAGACUGGCAUCUGAAGAUGCCCAAGGUGAAAAUGCCCAAGUUCAGCAUGCCUGGCUUCAAAGGAGAGGGCCCAGAAGUGGAUGUGAACCUUCCCAAGGCUGACAUUGACAUCUCAGGACCCAAAGUAGACAUUGAUGUUCCAGAUGUGAAUAUUGAAGGUCCAGAUGCAAAACUGAAAGGCCCCAAGUUCAAGAUGCCUGAGAUGAACAUAAAAGCUCCCAAGAUCUCCAUGCCUGACAUUGAUUUGCAUUUGAAGGGCCCCAAAGUAAAAGGUGAUGUGGAUGUUUCUCUGCCCAAAGUGGAAGGUGACAUAAAGGGCCCCGAAGUUGAUAUCAAGGGCCCAAAAUUGGACAUUGAAACUCCUGAUGUCAAUAUUGAAGGUCCAGAAGGGAAACUGAAGGGGCCCAAAUUUAAGAUGCCAGAGAUGAACAUCAAAGCCCCCAAGAUUUCUGUGCCUGACUUUGACUUAAAUCUGAAAGGGCCAAAGGUAAAGGGAGAUGUGGAUCUUUCGCUCCCCAAGGUGGAAGGAGAUCUGAAAGGACCAGAGGUGGACAUUGAAGGUCCUGAAGGAAAAAUCAAAGGGCCAAAAUUUAAGAUGCCUGAUGUCCAUUUCAAAACUCCUCAAAUCUCCGUGAGUGACAUUGAUUUGAACUUGAAAGGGCCUAAGGUAAAAGGAGAUUUGGACAUUUCUAUUCCUAAUGUGGAAGGAGAUCUGAAAGGCCCCAAACUGGAUGUCAAAGCCCCUAAGCUGGAUAUAGACACUCCUGACAUUGACAUCCAUGGUCCAGAAGGGAAACUGAAGGGCCCCAAGUUUAAAAUGCCUGACUUGCACCUCAAGGCACCCAAGAUCUCCAUGGCUGAAGUUGACCUGAAUCUGAAGGGUCCAAAGGUGAAGGGUGAUGUGGACGUUUCUCUACCCAAAGUGGAAGGUGAUCUGAAGGGCCCUGAAGUUGACAUCAAAGGCCCCAAAGUAGGUGUUGAUGUCCCAGAUGUGGAUGUUCACGGUCCAGACUGGCACUUGAAGAUGCCCAAAGUGAAAAUGCCCAAGUUCAGCAUGCCUGGCUUCAGAGGAGAGGGCCCAGAAGUGGAUGUGAACCUGCCCAAGGCUGACAUUGAUGUCUCAGGGCCCAAGGUGGACAUUGAUGUUCCAGAUGUGAAUAUCGAAGGUCCAGAUGCAAAACUGAAGGCACCCAAGUUCAAGAUGCCUGAGAUGAACAUCAAAGCCCCCAAGAUCUCCAUGCCUGACACUGACUUACACUUGAAGGGCCCCAGAGUGAAGGGUGAUGUGGAUGUUUCCCUGCCUAAAGUGGAAGGUGACUUAAAGGGCCCUGAAGUAGAUCUUAAAGGCCCCAAAGUGAACAUUGAUGUCCCAGAUGUGGAUGUUCAAGGCCCAGACUGGCAUCUGAAGAUGCCCAAGAUGAAAAUGCCCAAGUUCAGCAUGCCUGGCUUCAAAGGAGAGGGCCCAGAAGUGGAUGUGAAUCUUCCCAAGGCUGACAUUGACAUCUCUGGACCCAAAGUGGACAUUGAUGUUCCAGAUGUGAAUAUCGAAGGUCCAGAUGCAAAACUGAAGGGGCCCAAGUUCCAGAUGCCCGAGAUAAAUAUCAAGGCUCCCAAAAUCUCUAUGCAUGAUGUUGACAUGGGUUUGGAAGGACCCAAAGUGAAAGGAGACUAUGAUGUGUCUGUCCCUAAGGUUGAAGGUACUUUCAAAAGCCCAGAAGUAGAACUUAUAGGUCCAGGUCUGGAUUUUAAAGGCCCUGAUGCCAAACUCAGUGGCCCAAAUUUGAAGAUGCCAUCACUAGAUAUAUCUGCCCCUAAAGUAACUGCUCCUGAUAUUGAUUUACAUCUUAAAGCACCAAAAAUUGGAGUUUCUGGUCCCAAGUUAGAAGGUGGUGAACUGGACCUCAAGGGCCCCAAAGUUGAUUUAGAAACUCCAAGCUUAGAUGUACACAUGGAGAGCCCAGAUAUUAACAUUGAGGGGCCAGAUGUUAAAAUCCCCAAAUUUAAGAAACCCAAGUUUGGAUUUGGGGCAAAAGGCCCCAAAGCUGACAUCAAGUCACCUUGUCUAGAUGUGACUGUUCCUGAGGCAGAGCUGAAUGGUCAGACUCCUGAAAUUAGUGUUGGUGGCAAGGGCAAGAAAAGUAAGUUUAAAAUGCCUAAAAUUCACAUGAGUGGCCCCAAAAUUAAGCCCAAAAAGCAGGGAUUUGACUUGAAUGUUCCUGGAGGUGAAAUCGAUGCCAGUCUCAAGACCCCUGAUGUAGACAUCAAUGUUGUGGGGCCGGAUGCUGCACUUAAAGUUGAUGUGAAAUCUCCCAAAACCAAGAAACCUAUGUUUGGAAAAAUGUACUUCCCGGAUGUAGAAUUUGACAUUAAAUCACCUAAAUUUAAAGCUGAGGCCUCCCUCCCAAGCCCCAAAAUAGAGGGUGAAAUCCAGGCACCUGAUCUGGGCAUUUCUUCGCCGGGGAUUAAUGUGGAAGGUCCUGACAUCAAGCUGAAGGCUCCCAAGUUCAAGGCGCCAAGUGUGGAUGUCUCAGGGCCAAAAAUAGAGGGCAACUUAAAAGGCCCUAGGGUGCAGGCAAACUUGGACACAACUGACAUCAACAUCGAAGGCCCAGAUGCUAAAGUCAAAGCACCAUCUUUUGGCAUUUCUGCCCCUCAAGUCUCCAUCCCCGAUGUGAAUGUGAACUUGAAAGGACCAAAGGUAAAGGGUGAUGUCCCCAGUGUGGGGCUGGAAGGACCAGACGUAGAUCUGCAAGGUCCGGAAGCAAAAAUCAAGUUCCCCAAGUUUUCAAUGCCCAAAAUUGGUGUCCCUGGCAUGAAAAUGGAGGACGGGAGAGCCGAGGUCCAUGCCCAGCUGCCCGGUCUGGAAGGAGGCUUGAGCGCACCAGAUGUUAAACUUGAAGGGCCUGACGUGUCUUUGAAGGGGCCAAAAGUAGACUUGCCUUCAGUGAACCUCUCAAUGCCAAAAGUCUCUGGGCCUGACCUUGACCUCAAUUUGAAAGGACCAAGUUUGAAGGGAGACCUGGAUGCAUCUAUUCCCAGCAUGAAGGUGCAUGCCCCAGGGCUUAACCUCAAAGGUGUUGGUGGAAAGGUGCAGAUGGAAGGAGACGGGGUUAAAGUGCCGGGGAUCGAUGCCACGUCACUUAACGUUCAUGCGCCUGAUGUGACGCUGAAAGGACCAAGCCUGCAAGGAGACCUGAAUGUCUCUGGUGACAUCAACUGCCCGGAAGUCUCAGUAGGUGCUCCUGAUCUAAGCUUGGAGGCAUCUGAAGGUGGUAUCAAACUUCCCAAAAUGAAGCUUCCCCAGUUUGGCAUCUCCACUCCGGGGUCCGACGUAGACAUUAACAUCAAGGGGCCACAAGUGACUGGAGAACUGAAGGGGCCAGGCAUGGAUAUGAACCUCGGAGGUGUGAACCUGAAAGGGCCUCAGAUUUCUGCACCUCACAUCUCAGCACCAGAUGGGGACUUUAGCUUGGAAGGACCAAAAGUCAAAGGUGAGAUGAAAGGCCCCUCUGUUGGAGGAGGUCUUGCAGGCAUCAAUGUUCAGGGUUUAGAAGGAAGCCUCCAGAUGCCUGGAAUCAAGUCCUCUGGAUGUGAUGUGGAGCUGCCAGGUGUGAACGUGAAACUCCCAACUGGGCAGAUUUCUGGUCCUGAAAUCAAAGGUGAUCUAAAAGGUACAGGUCUAGGUUUUGAUGGGGCUGCUCCUGAUAUCGGCGUGAAAGGGCCUUCGUUUAACAUGGCAGCUCCUGAGUCAGAUUUCAGUGUUGGCUUGAAGGGCCCGAAAAUCAAAGGAGCUGUAGAUGUUUCCGGAGGUGUCAGUGCCCCAGGUAUCAGCCUGGGUGAAGGGCAUAUAAGCGUCAAAGGUUCCGGAGCGGAAUGGAAAGGACCCCAGGUCUCCUCUGCUCUCAACUUGGAUGCAACUAAGUUUGCUGGGGGACUUCAUUUGUCAGGACCAAAGGUAGAAGGCGAUGUGAAAGGAGGCCAGAUUGGACUGCAGGGUCCUGGGCUGAGUGUGUGUGGGCCUCAAGGUCACUUGGGAAGCGGAUCUGGAAAAGUAACAUUCCCCAAGAUGAAGAUCCCCAAAUUCACCUUCUCUGGCCGGGAGCUGGUUGGCAGAGAAGUGGGGGUGGAUGUUAACUUCCCCAAAGCCGAGGCCAGUGUCCAGGCUGCUGCCGCAGAAGGGGAAUGGGAAGAGUCCGAAGUGAAACUUAAGAAGUCCAAGAUCAAGAUGCCCAAGUUUAAUUUCUCUAAACCUAAAGGGAAAGGCGGUGUCACUGGCUCACCAGAAGCAUCCAUCUCAGGGUCCAAAGGUGACCUGAAAAGCUCGAAGGCCAGCUUAGGCUCUCUGGAGGGAGAGGCAGAGGGUGAAACGUCUUCUCCCAAAGGCAAAUUCUCCUUCUUUAAAACCAAGAAGCCCCAGCAGCGCUCAAACUCCUUCAGCGAUGAAAGGGAGUUCUCUGCGCCUUCCAUCCCAACAGGGACUUUGGAGUUUGAAGGUGGGGAAGUGUCGUUAGAAGGUGGAAAGGCCAGAGGGAAACACGGAAAGCUGAAAUUUGGUACCUUUGGUGGAUUGGGGUCAAAGAGCAAAGGUCAUUAUGAGGUGACUGGGAGCGAUGAAGAGGCAGGCAAGUUACAGGGGAGUGGAGUAUCCUUGGCCUCGAAAAAGUCCCAACUGUCAUCUUCUUCUAGCAGUGACAGCGGGACCAAGGUUGGCAUCCAGCUUCCCGAGGUGGAAGUGGCAGUUUCCACAAAGAAAGAGUAGCAGGCCUUUGUAUGUGUGUACAUAUAUAUAUAUAAAUACAUCAGCCUUGGGUGUGUUUGUAUAUAAACUCCAAAGAGAAACACGCCAUAGCCUCAGCAAUAAUGCAAAGAGCUUGCCUCUCCCAGUGGCAAGUGCUGACAGGAGCCUUGCAAAUAGCUCAAAGGUUCCAAGUUCCUCCAGCCCAUGUACAACGUCAACAGUAUUUGCAUUAAGAUUUCAGUUUUUUGGUUUUUUCUUUUUUUUUUGCAUUGAAUGCUGAGAGCUCCCGUUUACUAAGCAAGCUUUUGUGUUUAUUAUCCUCAUUUUUACUGAACAUUGUUAGGGUUGGGGUCAUGGAAACUCACUUUUUCAUUGUAAUUACUAUUGGGGCUUUUGUUAGUAAGGGAGGGUGGGGUAGGAGGCAGUAGACGCUGCAAGACCUUCAUUUCUCCUAAGAUUGGAUCCACUCAAACAGCAGACAUCCGAAGAUGGCCGCGAGGAACUGGGGGCCAGGGUGUUUGGGUGUUAGAGCUCUUUGGCAUUGCUUUUUUUCGCCAGGUGUGGCGGUCCCAGCCAGUUUGGUGUUGACAGCGAGAGGGAAUUAGAAUCUGUUUGCAAAUUGUCCAACCCACCAGCUCGACAUGAGGCUUCCAUUCUUUGUUUGUAAGAGAAGUAUUUGUGCCUGACCGCCAUGUCCCUGAUAUUCUGAUUUCUUUUAACAAAUGUUAUUGUGAUUAAGAAAAUUUUCCAGCACUUUAAUGGCAAGUUAAUUGAGAAUGUAAGAAAACUGAUGCUGUAAAAGGUGAAUAAAGCUGUUUAUUAACCCUGA